AAACUUUCGUCACUGUAGCUUUUAAGUGAUGAAUAGGCACCUGAGCAAUGGAGCAAGUGGAGCAAAUGCAUCCCUAUUAUUUAAUUAGGGGGAGCAAAGUUAUAGUUUUGCUGCAUCCCAUUUUUUGUCUUUAAAAAAAAUAAGCUUAUCAUCAGUCCCUGCAAUCAGGUGGUUAUAUUUAAGCAGCCUACAUCAAUAAUCACUAUUUGCAGCAACUAACAAAAAACAGUGACUAAUAAAAAAAAAACAAAAAAAAAAACACAUUUUUAGACCACCCUUUGAGUUGGUUCAGUCUAACCCGUCACUGAUGAUCGCUUGCCACAGCAUGCUUUGGCUGUCAAUCACAGUCUGUCAAUCCCCACGAGUCCGCUGAGACUGUUUACAAAGGCUCGGCCACAGAAAGAGAGCAACUCCCACGACUGGUCUGCUCAGUCUGCUGCUGGAGGGGGGCUCUACGAGGGGCUGAGCACACACACACACACACACACACACACACACACACACACACACACACACACACACACACACACACACACACACACACACAUACACUCUAGAGCCUUUGCUGCAUCAAGAGGCAGAAGAGGAGAGCGGAGGAUUUGUACGGAGGGAAGCACAUACUGGGAAUACUCCAGUGGACGGAGCCAAUCCCAGAGAGGGACAGGAUUGUUAGGAGACUUGUGCUAUUAUGCUGCCGUGCUCCGCAGUGGAAGCUGAGCACCAGGGAGUUUGACAGGAUCUCAGUGCACCUGCUUCAAGCACAUUGAUUAUGUGGAGGAGCUGACGUGUGCGAUGGCCAGCCUGUACCUGCAGGUUCUACACACAGCUCUGUGUUAUUGUUACCUCCCAACCAAGCAGCCCAGCCCAAGGAUCUGACCGCACCUCCCCCCCCCUCCCUCCCUCCCCCUGGGAGUCUAACUCAAGCCUAGGCCCACCAUGGGAGGAUGCUUCUCCAAACCCAAACCAGUUGAAGUUAAAGUGGAACUCUCUCUCCUGGAAAAAGAAAAAGAGGUGGAUGGGCUGUCACCUAAUGGCAAAGCGAGUCCCUUUGCUGACAGCAGACCUAACGGGGCCCUGGGACACGGCUCUGAUGAUGACUCCACCCCGCUCCCCCUCUACCACAAACCACGGGACUAUGUGGAGGCCUCCGUCUGUCAUGUUAAAGAUCUGGAAAACGGACAGAUGCGAGAGGUUGACUUGGGAAGUGGCAGAGCUUUGUUGAUCAAAGAACACGGGGAGUUCUCCGCCAUGGCCCACAAGUGUCCACACUACGGAGCACCUCUGGUCAAAGGUGUGUUGUCAAAAGGACACGUGCGCUGUCCGUGGCACGGUGCGUGCUUCAACAUUGCAACAGGAGACCUCGAGGACUUCCCCGGGCUGGAUAGCCUGCCUACCUUCCAGGUCAGAGUUGAAAAGGACAAGGUGAUCAUUCGUGCAAACAAGCAGGCUCUUCAGUCACAGAAAAGGUCCAAGCCCAUGGCCCGAUGCUCAGCAGUUAUUAACUCCAGCAUGGGCUUCAGCCAUGUUCUCAUUAUUGGCUCAGGUCCAGCAGGUCUGGUGUGUGCAGAGACACUGAGGCAAGAGGGCUUCACUGACCGCAUCGUCAUGUGCACCAUGGACAGACAUCCUCCAUAUGACAGGCCUAAACUGAGUAAGUCCUUAGACAGCACAGCAGAGCAGCUGAGAUUGCGCUCCAUGGAAUUCCUGCAGGAUCAUGAUAUUGAACUGCUCACAGAGAAAGAGGCUGUGGCGAUAGAUGUGAAAACACGUUCUGUGACCUUUGAAGAUGGCUUGAGGAUGGAGUACAGGAAACUCUUUAUUGCUACAGGAAGCAAACCCAAACCAAUGAUCUACAAAGGCAAGGACGUCAGGAACGUGUUUCACCUCAGGACGCCCGAGGACGCUAACAGCAUAGCACGGCUGGCAAACAACAAAAACGCUGUGAUUGUGGGAACAUCAUUUGUUGGUAUGGAGGUGGCUGCAGCUCUAACUGACAAGGCCCACUCUGUCUCUGUCAUUGGGAUCGAGACAGUCCCCUUUAAAAAAGCUCUCGGAGAGAAAGUAGGGAAAGCCAUAAUGAAGCUGUUUGAGGUAAACAGGGUGAAGUUCUACAUGCUGAACGAGGUGGCAGAGAUGAUUGGCCAUCAUGGACAGCUAAAGGAGGUGGUACUAAAGAGUGGGAAAGUUCUGCGGGCAGACGCGUGUGUCAUCGGAGCAGGAAGUAUUCCUGCAACGGGCUUCCUGAAACAGAGCGGCAUCCACAUGGACUCCAAGGGCUUCAUCACUGUCAACAAGAUGAUGCAAACAAGUGCUGAAGGGGUCUUUGCUGGAGGAGAUGUGGUGGUGUUUCCUUUCCCACCACGCAACAACAAGAAGGUGAACAUCCCUCACUGGCAAAUGGCUCAUGUACACGGAAGGGUGGCAGCUCUCAGCAUGAUGGGCAGAGCCGCUGAGAUCCAAACUGUGCCUUACUUCUGGUCAGCCAUGUUUGGGAAGACCAUACGCUAUGCAGGUUAUGGUGAAGGAUUUGAUGAUGUCAUAAUACAAGGAGAUCUGGAUGAACUGAGAUUCGUGGCGUUUUACACCAGGAGUGAGGAGGUGGUUGCUGUUGCCAGCAUGAACUAUGAUCCCAUUGUAUCCCGAGUGGCAGAGGUCUUAGGAUCUGGAAAGACGAUUAAGAAACGAGAUGUGGAGAUGUUAGCACGGCUUGGCAAGACUGGAGACAUUUCCUGGCUGAUUGACAAAGGCUCUCAAUGACUUCACAUCUGAAGGACAGACCCAAAGUCCACUAGACACCUCAAUAUGGACACUUGUAUAUGGUGCUGAGACACUGAGCAGCUAUCCCGGUCUGGACGGACACACACACACACACACACACACACACACUCUGGGGACAGGAGCGUAUCUGUUGGAGACACACUUUCCUGAGGACGAUACUGAAACUUGCUUUUGUUCCUGAGAGACACUCUAAUGUGACAAACGGAGCCAUACACGUUCUAAAUACAUAGAAUCGCUGUGUUGGCAGGUCUUUAUGACAUGUUGUAACGCUUCACAAACAAAGCAAUUUUGGAUUCUGCCUCUGUGCUGCUGCAAGAUGUAUCUACUUGUACACUUUGUUUAUAAGAUGCCAGGGAUGGGCAUUGGCAUUUUUUUUGUACAAAUAACAUUGUAUAUAGAUAUAAUCCUGAAUGCACUGUAACAAAAUAAGAACAUACAAUUUCAACUGAAUUUUUCUAAGUUUUAAAUAACAGCUUUGGUUGUAUGCUCGCAUACAUGCCUUAGAUCUGCAUGCUAUAAUUUACUAUAAUAGGAGUUAAAAAUAAGUCCCUAAACAGAGUUUUCAGUCUAGAUGCAUCAGCAAACAAAGUUUAAAUCUGCCAAAAACAAACUGCAGAAGAACCGUGAAUGCGGCUUUAACAGACUCACUAACACACUUGCGGUUUUAAUUCGUAAUAAAUUACAAUUUCUAGAAUUACAACAUAUUUGUAUUGGUUGCCAUGCUGCUGUAGUAGAUUGCACAAAUAAAAUUCAAAUUAUACUUUGAUCAACCACUAGUGCUUGCACGAUAGCAUUAUGAAUUUUCUAGAGAAUAUCACCCCUUUAGACAAAUCCAGUAGUAGUUUAAGGUUAUUUUUGAUAGCGGUCACCUCCAUUGGGAUAUUCUUUGUUACUAACUCAGGGAACUGAGGGUUAUCGCCUGGGCUUACAGGCAAAAUAAGCAAAAAUGAAUUUGUGCUUUAAUAUUUUUUUUCCCAGUUAUUGUAAUUUCACCACUUCUCUCAUGUUCAUUCAGAACGGCUUGGAAUGGUUGUAACACGGAUGCUUGAUUACAUCCUGGCGUGCUGAUGUAAUCCCUGACACACGAGUCAACUCAACGUUUUAAAAAGCAUCUUUCUUCCUACAGAGAAGCCUGGAAGGGCAUUUUUAUAACUGAACUUUGAAAUAAAAGUCUUCCAAUAACAGGUA